GAACAAAUUCCAGGUACUGACCAGGUAAAACUUCCACGAAUUAUGAUUAAUUUCGACAAAAAUAAAAUCCUUGUCAUGGCUAAAAAUAGACAAUAAACAUAAUCGGGGUAUAUAGCACCAUGGCAGAAGGUGGACACAACAUAGAAAAAAAGAGUAACUUUGAAGGAAGCACGAUGACAAGUCACGAAGAAACCGAAGAUGCCGCGAUGCUUCAACUUUUACAAAAAAUGAAAAGUGAUAGAAUGAAUGAACUGAGACAGAUACAGCAGGGUGAGAGACCUGUUACAGGAACAGAUUCAAGAGACAAUAUCAAUUCAUUUUUUGCAAAAAGACUAGAUGCCCAAGCUGCAGCUCAAGGAAAAGAAAAUGUUCCAGUAAAUGUGGAUGACGUUGAAGAACAUAGACCAGACACAGUGGUUGUUGAAAUCCAAGGAUUAGUAGACCAGCAUAGAGUUUCCAAUGUUUUGACAACAAAUUUUAGACGUCGACUUGAAAACAUAAUCAGGGGGUCAAUUUCAACUGUCACAAGAAAUAAUUCUCCACGACCUUCGCCUCAAAGUUCAGCAAGACCUACCCCUUCUCCACAAAAUUCAGAACGUCAAUCCCCUGUACCAGCACCACGGUCUAGUACAACUCCUCCUAUAUCUGGAAGUCAGUCACCAGUUCCACAACCACGAUUGAGAAAUACUGCCAUUCCACAACAUGUUGCCGAUGUUACAGAUCGUAGUAGAAGUAACAGUCUUGCUAGUACAAACAGCAGUAUUUCAUCUGAGAAUGAAACAACACCAAUAAACGCUCCAAUUCCUCCAUAUUUUGAACGUUUGGUUCCCCAAGAAUACACAGGGUCAAAUCUACCUGUGAGUUUGGAGGAGGACAUAGAAAGCCUAUACAGGGAAAAUGUUGUUCAAGAAAUCAGUGAAUUGGUUCAUAGACAGCUUGUUACAUCAUCUUUAGAAAGCACUUUUAGAAAUGUUCUGGAAAUCACAAUGCAGGACAGACUUGGACAAAGUGGUACUGAUGGCCAAAGAGUUCAAGAGUUUGUUAGAAAUAUUCAUCCAACUCAACCCAUCCAAAGAAAUGAUUUCUCUAACAUUGGACUGCCUCCACCAGGCAAUGAUAACUGGGAUAACAUCUCUAUUACCAGUGUCAGUGCUCAUGCUGUUCCUUAUACACAGUCAAACUUGCACAUGAGCAGAGAAAUCCGUAGCUUAAAGAGCCAAUUAGAAGAGAUGAAGAAUAUGAUGAAACUUAGUUUUGACCUUCAACUUGACAUCCAGAGAGCAAUCAGACAAGAAGUUUCUGCAGCUUUAGCACAAGUUCAAGUUGGAGCUGAAGGUGGAACUCCUCUAAAAAAAUGUAAACCAGUCAGUGACACUCAUUGCUUAAUUUGUUUGGACAAUCACUCUGACUCUGUGCUAUAUCAGUGUGGGCAUAUGUGUGUAUGUUAUGCUUGUGGACGCCAUCUGAUGUCACGAAAUGCCAAAUGUCCAGUGUGCAGAGCCCCAAUCAAAGACAUAAUCAGAGCUUAUAAAUCUAAUGAAGACUAAUUUAGCUGUCUGAAUAUUCGACUGACAAAAAGAUUUUGUUAAAAAGACUUUAUUUAAGUCUUUUGAUUUGUGUGUCUUAAGUUAUUGACACAUUAGUUGUUUUAUAGAGAAGGGUAAAUAGGCUUUAUAUUUAAUAAAAAAAUGAUAGCUUUAUAUUUUAAUGAAAUAUGCUAACAAUGAAUGGAAGUAGAGUUAAUGAAUGUGACGAGUUGGUUAUUUUAGGAUUGAGUACUAAGUGAAUGUGAUGAGUUAGUUAUCUUAUGUAUGAGUACUCAUGUGUAUAAAUCUUCCAUUAAAGAAUUGGAAUAAGUGCAAUAUUGUAUAGAAUGUUGAUAAUAUUAUGUUAUUUGUUAGAAUUUGUAAUGUUAAGAUAUAAAAAAAAAAAAUAAUUGAAUAAUGA